UUAUUAUAUCUCGAAGCUCCUUUUCAAGAGCUUUGAAAUUUUACAUCGGGAGAAGUUCCAGAUCUGCUCUGGAUGAGAACUUGAGCCAUAAAAUUACUGAUUCAAAACUUCAGAAGUUGAUUUUGUGAAUCUUCUCGGAAAUAUACUAGUUGCAAGCAUGUAAUCGUGUAACUGCUUCACUCCAGCAUCACCUACUAUUGAUUUGCAGUAAUAUACUGGUUAAUAUACAUAGAGGCAUGAAGUAUUAAGUAAAUUCUGCUGACUUUGUUGGUUCUAGAUCCUGCACAUUACACUAAAGCCGUGACAAUGGAUAUUGAUAGACAGUCAAAUUUUCGAGAGGAUGGAAUGAUGGAGUGCCAGAGUUUUGGCAGCAAUUACCAUCCCUCCAGUCAAUCCAGGAAGGUCUCUAUAGGAGUUCUUAUUGAUUCCGUUGCAAACUCAAAGGAGGCAGAAAAAUUAACUUCUGCGAAAGAGAAUUGUAUUGAAGAUGGCAUAAAGAGCGAAGGAUUUACUCCAAUUGUGGAAAAACAUGUGCUGGCUUCUGAGCAGGAUAUAUCCUCUUGGGUUUCUGUUAGAUCCUUCAACCAAAAAAUACCUACUUCAGUGACAGUUAAAGAUGCAGAACAUACUCCGAGUUUCCCAUCCGCUAGCAAAAGGUGCAAUAAAUCAAAGGUUUCAAAGAAAUUAUCACCAGUACAUUCGGUUCAGGUUUUUGGCAGUAUGACUACUGCAAUAGAAUCUGAUGAAUUCAACAAGAAGAAAUUUGGUAAAGCUACCUACACAAGGAAGUCUGGGGAGAUGGGUAAUGCAGAGCAUGUGAAUAACCCUGCAUUUGUGACUGAACCAGAAGUUCUGCCAGAUAAAGGAUUGGCAGAGGGUAAAACUAACAAAUCAGAAAUGGGGGGCACCGAAGUUUUGAGAAUGAAACUUUGGGAGAUCUUAGGAAAUGUUUCUUCACCAAACAAGAAGUGCCCUAGCUCCCUGCCUGUCAAUAUAGGCACAAAAGAUUCACAUCCAAAUCAUGAGAGCAAUAAAAAGGGUAGUCCAGUUGGAAAGCUAAGACAAAAUUCAGACACAAUUGAAAGUGAUUCUGAAAGGCCUGAUCAUGCUGUCAGGAGAGCAUUGACUCAUUCUUUGACUUGCAAGAAAGCUCCCACUAAAAUGCAAUCAAGUAAAACUGGAACUUCAAUACUCACAUCCUACGGCAAAGAAUAUGCAGAGAAGAGUGUAUUCUCUUUCAGUGGAGAAUGGUCUGGGAAACUAUAUGAUACUGCCAAUGGUCAUUCUUUGCCCUGUAAGAGGAAGAAGAAUGAGAGGGAGAGUUUUGGAGUUGGUACCAAUCAGAUGUAUUUUCAUGAAUGCGAAAACUCAGAGGAGAGACAGCAAUCAGAAAAUAAGCGAAAAUCAAUACCAGUUGCUCAGAAAUCAACAUCUGCAGGAAAUAAUAUCUCGACCAAUAACAUUUCCCAGGAUGAGAGAAACGGUGUAUAUCUUAAGCCAAUAAGUGGUAAUAAGAAAAAAUUUACAGAUGAAUCUCCACUAAACAUAACAACUGAGCAGUUUAGGGAUGUUGUUGGAAGUCCAAAGAUGAAGGAACAAGACAUUGCUUUUUCAAUGCUGAAGAACAGAAUGGAUCCUACUCUUGAUCCUCAGAGCCCCACUUUUGAGAUCAUGUCACCUAUUCUAAGUUCUUCUCUAGGCUCUCCAGCAAAAAGCAAUCAGGGGAAACAUCAUGAUCAGAGUCCCUCUGAGAGAAUAUAUUGUACAAGGGACUUCCAAAGCUUCAAGAGUUUGUUGCAUUCAAAGUCAACUCAGUACAAAUCAAACGCACUGCCAGAGUUAUCUGAUGGUUCUGGAGAAAUAAAAGAUUCUCCAAUUAUGAAAUCAAGGUUGAGCUUGGAAGAAGAUGUAGAAAAUAGGAUGUCUAAUUCAUCUUCUGAUGAGAUGGAUUCUGAGAGCUCUGAAGAAAAUUUAAAUAUUAAAGGUUGCAGGGAAUCGGAGCUAUUAUCCCCUGAAAUUGGUAGUGCUAAUAGACAAGAGUUUGUAAGUCUUCAGAGUGAAUGGCUGGGCCACCAAGAAGGUGUUGAAUUGUCCGGAUUUAUUCCUGCUUCCGAGUCAUUUAAAGGAAUUGAAAAAAGUAGCAAGCUUCAGGCAUACUUUGAACACAAUCAAGAGGACAGGUUCGUUAGUGCUAUAGCUCUAAUUGCUAUGGCUUUAGAUCGUGUUAAAACCAAAAUGAAGUCUGCAACUAGCAAAAAAGCUGCUAAAAUUCUGAGGUCAGCAGCUGAGGCAAUACACUUGCAAUUGCAGAGUGCUGAAUCUCAGAUCAAAACAGAUCUGGGAAAGCUGACCUGUCUUAGUGAAUCGAGAAGGACAAGUGUAGAAAAUAGAUUUGAAGAACAACAGGAACAGCUGCACGACAUAUAUAAAAGAUUCAAAGAAGAGAUCGAUCAGCACCUUGUGGAUUACAAAAGCUUAAUUGAAGAUCUAGAAGAACACAAGAUUGAGCUUAAAGGAACCAUGAACAAACAAAGAACAGUUCAUAAUAGGAUUCUCUUUCAAGAGCAACAAGCAAUUGAUAUUCAAUUCAAGGAUGCCCAAAAAAGAAUCACAGCUGUCCACAAUCGGGCUAAAGAGAAGAUGCUUCAGUUGAAACUUGUGAUUGAAGAAUGUAUAAAAGAGGGCGCCUUCAGUUAAUAUUGCUUUUAAUGUUGAUGGGUAAUAUGGAGCUGUUGUCUAAAGUUGGAUAAAGAUUCCAGAAAUUUCUCAUGGAUGCUAAGAGCCAGGUUAUUUUAGUGUAAGUCCUUAUUUUAUGCCUAAAUUGCGACCAUGAAAUCAUUUUCCACGAGUGAUUGCUCGCACAUUGUAAAGAAUAUUCACCUCUACCAGCUAAGAUCUUGCAGUAAUUUUGGCUCUUCAGUAGCUUAAUUAGGUUCUCUAUAGAUGUUCAGGUCAUAAAUAUGCAAAGUAGUGCAAUGAGCAGUAAAAAUUGUGGAACCUGAUUUGUUAGCCUUUGGAGCUUUAUUGACUUAACACACCUCACAUGAACUAUUGCAUGGGUGAUGAGAUGUUGCAUUUAAACUAGAAGUGCAAGUUUCAAUUUUAGGAUGAUAAUGAACUUCACUGAUGUAUGGUAGCAUGACUAUUUUAGCCCGGGGAGAAUUGGAAAUGAUACCAUUUGAAACUUAGUAGUA